AUGUAUCCCAAUCAUGUUAUUACAAUAGACCAAGAGGUGAAGUUCAUGAACACCCAAAUGAAAAAACCACCAAAAUUACUACACAAGUCAGCUGGAAAUGACUCAUGUUGCAUAUUCAGAGUCCCCCAGAGUCUUUUCGAGAUCAACAGGGAAGCAUAUCAACCUCGAAUCGUCUCAAUCGGCCCAUACCACCAUGGAAAGAAGCACCUUGAGAUGAUCGAAGAACAUAAAUGGAGGUACCUGGAUGAUUUGAUCCAAAGAACAGGUAACUCAAUUGGACAUUUCAUGAAAAUCAUAGUGUCAAUGCAGGAUAAAAUUCGACAAAGCUACUCAGAAUCUCUUGAUCACUUUUCCGCCAAUGAUCUUGCUAAAAUGAUGGUGCUUGAUGGGUUUUUCUUGAUUGAAUUGUUCAGAAAAGUUGGAAAGUUGGUUCUGACUGAUAAAGAUGAUCCCAUUUUUAGAAUGGUUUGGGUGUCUCCAUUUUUGAUGAGAGAUCUUUUGAGAAUUGAGAACCAAAUCCCAUUUUUCGUUCUCCAAAAGUUGUUUGAUGAAUCUAAAGAUGGGUCUAAACCCGAUGAUCGCACACUUUCAACUUUAAUCCUUGAGUUUUUCAAUUACACAGUUGAUAGGAAAAAAGAGAUACUAAAUGAACACAAGAAUACCGAAGGGAAACAUUUACUAGAUUUUUUCCGAAAAAGUUUCAUAAACCCUAAAGAACAAAACCCAGUUCCCACCGUUGACAUAUCCAAAAGCUCUUCCCAAAAACUUAUCCAAACCCCGACCAAACUCAAGAUCAAUAACUCUUACCUUAAACUUAUCCCCCCAGCGAACAAACUCAAGAUCGUUGGAGUUAAGUUUAAGGCAAGUCAAGAGCCCGAUAGCUUCUUGGACAUUGAGUUCCGAAAUGGUGUUCUUUUGAUUCCUCAAAUAAACAUGGACGAUUUUUACAGUUCGUUCUUUUUGAAUUGUAUUGCUUUCGAGCUGUGUUAUUUUCAUUGCUCCAAACAUAUUACAACUUACAUUGUGUUCAUGGGAUGUCUAAUGAACACUUCAAGUGACGUGGGUGUGCUUUCGGAAGACAAAAUUAUUGAGAAUUAUCUCGGAACGGAUAAAGAGCUAGCGAAAUUUUUCAAAAAUGUUGGAAAAGAUGUAGCUUUUAAUAUAAAAGAUAAUUACUUGACAGGUUUGUUUGUGGAAGUGAAUGAGUAUUGCGAGAAUGGGUGGCAUGUGCAUUUGGCUGGGUUUAAGCAUAGAUAUUUUGAGAGCCCAUGGGCUGCAAUUUCAGCUUUCGCGGCCUUUUUGUUGCUUUCUUUUGCGGCUUUGCAAACCUUUUAUACUGUCUAUCAGUAUUAUAAAGCUAAGAAAGGGUAG